AUGGAAUUAGAGCAUCAGGCUUAUUGGGCAAUCAGAAGAUUGAACUUUGACAUGGACAAGCCUGGAGAAGAAAGAAAAUUGCAACUAAACAAGUUGGAUGAGCUUAGGACUGAAGCAUAUGAGAAUGUUAAGAUCUACAAGGAAAGAACUAAGUUGGAUCAUGACAAAGUAAUACGACGGAAAAAAUUCCAAUCAGUUAUGAAAGUGUUGCUUUAUGACUCACGAUUGCGUCUUUUUCCAGGGAAGUUGAGAUCAAAAUGGAUUAGGCCAUUUGAAGUUCGUGAAGUGUUCCCUCAUGAAGUAGUGGAGAUAGAAAACCAAUUCAAAGCUAAUGGACACUACCUAAAGGCUUAUCGGGAAAAUUUUGCCUCAUACGAGGAAAUGGAGCAAUUCAACGAUUCUGAAUGA